UACCAACCCGACCCCCGCCUGCUAAUCCCAUUAGUUUCUUGGCGGUUUAGCCGGACUUAUCGUCUCCGCCGUGAACAUCACAUGCUUUCUUCCCUAGGGUUCUGCCUUGUCAAAUCGCAUGGCUACCCCUUCAAUGUCCUGCAGUAGGUUGGCAUGUUAUACUUCUGCCGCUACCCUGCUUCAGAUUCUUGGCCUCUGGCUCUUUGUAAGCGGCUUCUUCCCCGUUAAACCAACUGUUCCAGGGUUCAGUGGCCCGGAGAGCUAUCGGAUGCCAACUUGUGAAGAUGUGCUGGAAGAUGAAAAAGGGCACCUGCCUCCAGAUCAGCUAGCGAAAAUGUACAUGGAUUUAUCACAAAUUCCACCUGCAUUUGAUCGAGUUAUUUUCAUGGUCAUUGAUGGUUUACCUGCUGAGUUUGUGAUUGGAAGAGGCAGCCAACCUCCAGAAAAGUCUUUGAUGGAGGCAAUGCCAUAUACUCAGUCUCUGCUUUCUGAAAGAAAAGCAUUAGCUUUCCAUGCUAAGGCUGCCCCACCGACAGUGACAAUGCCCCGUUUAAAAGCGAUGGUAUCGGGUGCAAUUGGAGGAUUUCUUGAUGUGGUAUUCAACUUCAACACUAAUGCAUUUUUGGACGACAAUCUGCUUGAUCAAUUUCAUAAGAUUGGUUGGAAGUUGGUUAUGUUUGGUGAUGACACAUGGAUUAAGUUGUUUCCUAGUUUGUUUACUAGGUAUGAUGGAGUGAACAGCUUUUAUGUGAAAGACACAGUUGAGGUCGAUUUCAAUGUUUCUCGCCAUUUGGAAGUUGAACUCGCAGCUAACGAUUGGAAAUUGAUGAUUCUCCAUUAUUUGGGUUUAGAUCAUGCAGGGCAUAUUGGAGGCCGUCACAGUUUGUUGAUGGCUUCUAAGCUGAAGGAAAUGGAUGAUGCUAUUAGAUUGAUUCACACACAUAAUGCUCUGAAUGGAGAUGAUUAUGGAAGGCACACACUUUUGGUCGUUGUCAGUGACCAUGGAAUGACUCUGAGAGGAAAUCAUGGAGGAUCGUCUAAUGAGGAAACAGAUUCUCUUGUUCUUCUUGUCGAUCUAUGGUCUGAAAGUCCCAUCUUCCCACUCAGCAUGAAUAAUGAAGUUUUUCAAGUGGAUGUUGCUCCAACUUUGGCCCUUCUAUUUGGUGUCCCAAUUCCAAAGGACAAUGUUGGCGUAUUGCUCAUUGAAGCUUUUAAUUCACUGGAAGAUGAGCAUAAAUUGCGAGCCUUGGAACUGAAUUCCUGGCAACUGAUAAGAUUGCUGCAAGUUCAUCUGCCUCACUUACUUUGCCAAGAACUGAGAGACAGCGCUAGUAGUGACCAAGCCCUACAAUCUAAAGAGUUCUUGGGUAACAUUAGGGAGAAGCUGCAUCAUUUGUACUCUAAAGCUAAGGCUGCUCAUAAACUCUGGAAACUUAGCGAGCAUGACUCCAGCAGGACAUUUGCGAAUAGCACCAACUUCAAUGCUGCAGUUGCAGCGUAUUAUGAUUUUUUAAGAUGUGGGAGUGAGUGGCUGUCACAUAAAGCAACUGAUAAACCUAUCAGGUGGAUUCUGUCUGGCGUUGUCAUUUUGCUGCUGUCAUCUGUUUUAUUGCUGUAUAUUUUGUUUCUCCAAUUCAAAGACCAUGAGAUAGAAAUAAAAUUCAGUUCUGCCUUGAAAAACUGUAACUUGAUGUGGCAUUUGGAUGAGGCUUUUGUUUCCAUUGGAACCUUUCUUCAUAUUUUCAGUCUUGGUGCAAGUUCCAUGGUGGAGGAAGAGCAAUACACGUGGCACUUUUUGACAUCAACUCUGUUCUCUAUUCUUUUCUACAUGACCAUCUUGCCCUUGCUUAAGGAGCGAAAAACAGUUUCAGUCGAAAUGAAUAAGGAGGAAAAACUUGAUUUCAAUCUGUCACUGACAAGUCGUGCUCGUGCUGCUAGAGGUGCCAUCAAUGUGAUUUUCGUGAAACCUUUUCAAACUUAUUACCAGAUAUAUUCGUUAAUGAUUGUUCUGAUUUGUGGAAGUAUUUUAAGGGGUUGGCAUCAAGGAGGUGUAAACUGGGCUCAUCUUCCUGAUAUAUCGAAGUGGCUGGAGCAAGCCGGUUCUUCCACCAUGAAGGCCCUUGAGAUAACAUCUUUACUCUCGCUCAUGAUGUUAAGUUUAUUUGCCCUUAGUUUACUAAAGUCGAGGACUAGAUACAUAUGUAUAGCUUCUCUUGGCAUCAUAGUUUUGGGGUUCCUUGUCUUACUGCAUAUCAUAGAGAAUCGACCUAUAAAUCAUUCGAAUUCAAUAGUUCAGAUAUUUUAUUUCAGUUCUGGCUUCUUGGUGUUUGGAACAUUCAUGAUUUCGCCUUGGAUAAUGCCUCUUCAUUGCCACAAAAAUAUUUUCCCGAAAAAGAGUUCAGGUUCUCAUUCUAGUGAUUUGGAUAUUGAUGGUACUUUAGUGGGAGUACAAAACUCGCUUUACCUGAUUGGAGUAAUGAAUGUCUCAUCCUGGUGCCUUUUACAGCUUCUUCUGCAACAACCAGUCAAUGCUGUCCCUAUAUUGCUGAUUUUUGUGCGCACAAUGGCCAGUGUGAUCUAUUUUUCAGCCGGACAACAUAGGCAAUUGGUCGAGGUCGCUGCCAUAUACUUCUUAGGAAUGGCUGGCCAUUUUUCUAUGGGAAAUAGCAAUACCUUGGCGACCAUUGAUGUUGCUGGGGCUUUCAUAGGUGUCUCAAGCUACUCGAUCGUAUUUCCAAGCAUACUGAUGUUCAUUAUCACCUUUUCGUCUCCAAUUUUAUCGUAUCUUAGCAUGGUGGUAAGCAUAUCUACGAAGAACAUUAUGAAUCUCUCUUUGUCGGCAAGUCCCGAUCUGAGCCGGCUACUCAAACUGUUGAUUGCUUUUCCUUGUUUGCUUCCCUUGGUCCUUAACUCCGCUGUUUUGGUGGCAUUUACCAUUAUAUUGUUGGUUAUGAGAAAUCAUUUAUUUGUUUGGAGCGUAUUCUCUCCCAAGUACCUCUAUGUUUGUGCUGGAACAGCGAGCGUCUACAUUGGGGUGUUUGUGGUUGCAGCCACGGUGUUCUAUACCUGCACCGUGUUCUUUUUCAGGGCAAAGUUGCUUAAAUCUGGAGGUUCUUAACAUGCAACCAGCUGGGGGCAUUACUGCAAUUUUGAAUACUCUAAUUUUUUUCAUUUAUUAUAUCAUACAAACAGCUAUUUUAUAAUAGUCCAUGCAAAAUCUUAUAUUUUCACUCAUUUAAAUUGCAAUUUCGGAUUUCACAUGAGGAUCCAUACUUAUGAGAUGUAUCUCAUAAAUAAAUCAUUUUUUUUUUGUAAAUUAGGACUUGUAUUUUAUUACAUUGUAAUGUAUCUUGGAAAAGUACUUUAUGAGAUCAA